UUUCAGAUCGUUGAAAAAAAAGUUUGGAGAGGGAACAUGGAUGUAGACGAUCAUCAGGCAUGUACAUCAAUGGAUGUUACAGAAAGUGACGGCACAUCAGAUGACGAUGGAAUCCACUGGCAUUUCUCCCAAGUUAAAGGAAAUAUCGAGCCUGAUGGAGCAGAUAUUAUAUCCUGUGUUGAAUUUUCCCACGAUGGUGAAUUCCUAGCAACGGGUGACAAAGGAGGACGGGUUGUGAUAUUUCAACGUGAUCAAAGUGGAAAAUUUAUAAACGGUCAACGUUCAACUGACUACAACGUCUACUCGACUUUCCAAUCGCAUGAACCGGAAUUUGACUAUUUGAAAUCUCUUGAAAUUGAGGAGAAAAUCAAUCAGAUUAAAUGGCUAAAAAGGAAAAAUGCUGCUAACUUUAUUUUAUCUACUAAUGAUAAAACGAUCAAGUUAUGGAAAAUUUCUGAAAGGGAAAAGAAAGUCGCCGAUGGUGAUUGGAAUUUAGCAAGAAACGCCGAUGGCACAACCGUAGGUAAACGAAGCUUUAGUGGGCAAUUGAAGUUGCCCAAAUUAGUACCCAUGGAAUUAAUAGUCGAAGCAUCGCCUCGACGGGUUUAUGGUAAUGCCCAUACUUAUCACGUCAAUUCUAUUAGCGUCAAUUCUGAUCAGGAGAUAUUUUUAUCAGCUGAUGAUUUACGAGUAAAUAUAUGGCAUCUUGAGAUUACCAAUGAGAGCUUCAAUAUUGUGGAUAUUAAGCCAGUGAAUAUGGAAGAGUUAACAGAAGUAAUCACUGCCGCUGAAUUUCAUCCAACUCAGUGCCACUGGUUCGUAUAUAGCUCCUCCAAAGGGUCGAUUCGCUUGUGUGAUAUGCGCGAUCGUGCACUAUGCGAUAUUCAUGCCAAAUUAUUUGAAGAAUCGGAAGAUCCGGCCAAUCGCUCAUUUUUCUCAGAAAUUAUCGCUUCGGUGUCCGACGUGAAAUUUUCUCACAACGGAAGAUAUUUGCUCACAAGAGAUUACUUAACCGCUAAAGUCUGGGAUAUAAAUAUGGAGUCUGGACCAGUGGAAACUUAUCCUGUCCAUGACUAUUUACGCUCAAAAUUAUGCACACUGUAUGAGAAUGAUUCCAUUUUCGACAAAUUCGAAGUCGAUUGGAGUGGCGAUGACAACCAUAUCUUGACCGGAUCAUAUAACAACUUCUUUCGAUCAUUCAAAAGAGGUGUUGAUGCAAGUGUUGCCAAAACGUAUGAGGCUCAUAUCGAAAAAUCUCACAUACGUUUACCAACUCGUCGAGUGUUAACAGCAGGUGCAGCGCGUGUGAACAAGAAACGUGUCCAUGCUGGAGCAGCGGAAACGCAAGCAGAUGAAGAUGUGAGCGCGGAUAGUCUUGAUUUCACGAAGAAAGUUCUGCAUACUGCUUGGCAUCCUAAACAAAAUAUCAUCGCACUGGCAGCAACCAAUCGACUUUAUAUCUUUCAGGAUAAAUAAAAUCAAUUCCUUUAUUUGUGCUAUUUUUCAGUACACAGAAAAAUUC